CCGGUUUUUGGAAUUUUUUCUCUAAUUUAUUUGGACAUAUAUUUUGAUAAGAAAAUGGUGCGAACGGUAAAGGAGACGGGUUUUGUUGUCGAAAAGAUCGUUGACAAAAGGAUAACACCAGAAGGAAAAGUUGAAUACUAUAUUAAAUGGCGCGGGUAUCCCAGCGCUGAAAAUACCUGGGAACCUGAAGAGAAUUGUGAUUGCCCAGCGUUAAUACAAAAGUUUGAGGAAUCGAGAGCUAAAUCAAAGAAACGUGGUGAGAAAAAACCUAAAGUUGAGGAAAUCCAAAAACCGCGCGGCUAUGAACGAGGCUUGGCUAUGGAGCAAAUUGUUGGCGCAACAGAUGAAACCGGUGAUGUAUCGUAUCUAAUCAAAUGGCAAUUUUGCGACGAACUGGAUUUGGUAGCCGGUGAAGAGGUCCGUGAGAAGAAUCCAGAAUUUGUAAUUGACUUUUUCGAAAAACGCUCACCAUUUCAACGAGUUAUUAAUGAGCGCUUGCUGGGUGUACCCGAUGAACUGCGUAUAAUGAAUAUGAAUGAUCCACCAACGUCCACAAUUAAUGCAGCAGAUGACGACACGGGUAUGAUGGUGGGUAAUGAAGGAAUACAAAAUACUGCAAAUGAAGCAGGUGGUAACGUAGAUACCGCUGCUGUGUCAUAUUCUAUUCCAGUACCUGGAGUUGGCAACAUAGCUAUCGAUGUACCAAUUUUAGACACACCUAUAUAAUAAAACAAGGUCAAAUUAUCAUUGUAAUUCAAUUUUUCAUAUAUCUUAAUACAAUUACUUUACAAACACAAAUUUAA